GUAGCUACUCGGAAUGUAUAUUUGAACGAACCAAACACCAGUAAAGCAAAUACAAAUCCACAACCGGAUUAUUUUUUAAAGUGCUUUAGCUCUGAUUGACUACAUUUUUGCUUUUUUCGCGGUCAUAAUGUCUGACGAGGAAGAGGACUAUAUGUCUGAUGCAUUUCUCAGUAAAAUACCAGAUGUGAAGCCAGGUGUCAGCAUGGUGAGGCGGUUAAAAGAAUCGAUAAAGAAGGAAACACAGCGCAUGGAAACAAACAUCAAAAACCGCCAGAAGACAUAUAAAGAACAAGAGAAGGAAAGCAGAGAGGCAGCUUUACAAAGCUCCAUUUGCAAUGAGAACAAGGGAUUUGCACUUCUGCAGAAAAUGGGUUACAAAGCUGGUCAAGGCCUUGGGAAGGCAGGAGCAGGAAGGGUUGAUCCAAUUCCUUUAAACAUCAAAACCGACAGAGGUGGAAUUGGAAUGGAAGAGGUGAAAAAAAGAAAAGCUGUGGAGGAACUUGAACAUUAUCGUCAGAAAGUACGAGCCAGACAACACAAUGAGACAAAGUCUCUGGAAGACUUUAGGUCAAGAGUAAGGACAGAGAGAGAGGAGCGGAAGAUUGAAGGAGAUCUCAGAAAGAGUCAGCGAGCCUGUGAGCAGCUUGACAGUCAGAAGGGCAUCAUUGUCCCAAGGGAAGACUGGUACUGGCCUAAAGUAGAAACUAAUGAAGAGGAGGAAGAUGUUGAGGAGAAAGAGGAAGAAGAAAAAGAAGAAGAAGAAGAAGAAAAAGAAGAGGAUGAAGAGGAGAUUGCUGAAUUGACCUCUUUUGACAAACUGCAAAUUUUGACAUCCUAUUUGAGAGGAAUCCAUUUUUACUGCAUAUGGUGUGGGACCACCUACAAUGAUGAAGACGACUUGUGCUCUAACUGCCCCGGGGACACAGCAGCAGAUCACGAUUAAAAUCAUUUAAAAAACAUAAUGAACUACUCUGAUAAGUAGUUAAGGAAAUAGUUGAUCACAAGUACGGAAAUAUGUAUUUAUUGUUCCCAUUUGAAUCUGUUUCCAUGUCCGGAAGAACAUCAAUGUUUAUUAUGUUUGUACGGUGGACUUUAUUUUUUUUAGAUCUACGUUUACUCCAUGGGAUAUUCAGCAUACCUUUUUUAUUUACCUUUUUAAAUGUUUAAAACAUGUUUCAAGAGCAAUUGAUUACCUGUGUUUUCAUUAAAUGUUUGAAGAUGUAUACUUUGUCAUCUUGUAUUUUCUUCAAACAACUUAAUAAAACAAUAAUAUAAUACAUUA